AUGGCAUCCACUGAAGAUCCUACAAUUGACCCAACCAAGCUAUGGGUAUCACUCUCUACUCCACUAAUAGCAAACACUAUUGUUUACAUUAUUGCUUAACUCAAGAAAGAUAAUGGUAUCGUAGAUAUCAUGUGGGGACAGCUAUUCGUGCUACCAAACUUAGUUUACCUGCUAUGGUCUUAGAAUUGGAAUCAAAGAACAAUCCUUACCUUUGCCUUGGUAUCUUUAUGGGCAUUCAGACUCUCUGCACAUAUAUUGAUGAGACACGGUGGAGAGGAAGACUACAGAUACCAAGCAAUGAGAAGAAAAUGGGAAGCUAAGGGAAAAACUUACUAUUAUAUCGUCUCCUAUCUCUUUGUUUUUGUCAUGCAGGCUGUAUUCUCCUUAGUUGUGAAUGCUUCUGCUUUAUAUGUGAGUCUUUACUCUACAAAGGAUAAUGUGCUUGGACCACUUGAUUAUGCUGGAGUUGUAGUAUUCCUUAUUGGUUUCUUGAUUCAAGCUGCAGCUGAUGCCAGUCUCUACUCCUUCAAGAAAGAUCCAGCAAAUAAGGGAAAAAUCAUCAAGCACAACGUAUGGAGAUACUCCAGACAUCCAAAUUACUUUGGAGAGUCACUCAUGUGGUGGGGCAUCUACUUAAUUGCCUGUUCAGUUGGCAAAGGCUACUGGACUUUCUACUCAGCUCUAUUCAUCACUCUUCUGGUUAGAUUUGUCUCUGGAGUUCCUCUUUUAGAGAGAAAGCAAAAGAAAAAUCCUGAAUUCUUAAAGUAUAUGCAAGAGACCAAUGUUUUCGUUCCUUGGUUUGUAAGAAAGAUCAAUGACAAUGAAGAGCAAUUAAUCGAUAAAAAGGAAAAUGGAGAAAAUUAUGGAGCAGUAAAGAAUGAUUGA